GCAGUCGUAUGCUACGCACUCGCUGGCUUUCUCUACUCACCGGGAGCGCGCAGGAUGUCUGAUCGAAUUUGAACACCAAGUGAAUUCUUCCUUCUCGUAGCCCGAGCUCCGAGCUGGUGGCGAUGCGGUUCGCACAACUGGUGAUGGGUCCUGCGGGCUCCGGCAAAUCUACCUUCUGUUCGACGAUGGUCAAGCACGCGGAAGUUUCGAAGAGGAUAAUAAAUAUCGUGAAUCUCGAUCCCGCUUGCGAGUAUUUCGACUACUCGCCGGUCUUCGAUCUCAGGGACCUGAUCCAGGUCGAUGAUGUCAUGGAAGAUGAUGACUUGAAAUUGGGCCCAAACGGGGCCCUAGUUUUUUGCCUGGAAUACAUGAUCAGAAACACUGAAUGGUUGGAAGAAAAACUGGCAGAUUCGUCCGAUGACGACUACUUUAUAUUCGACUGUCCCGGUCAGAUAGAACUCUACACGCACCUUGAUGUCAUGAAGCGCUUCAAUGAGAUGCUACAAAAGAUGGACUUCAGAGUUUGCGGCGUGUACUUGAUAGAAUCCCAAUUCAUGAUAGAAACGCACAAGUUUUUCUCCGGAGUGUUUUCGGCGUUGAGCUCGAUGGUGAACUUGGAGAUUCCGUACGUCUGUAUUCUCACCAAGAUGGAUCUCCUCAACGCAGCGGGCCGCCGGCGAAUCGGGGAAUUCGUCGAUAGUGAUGCGCAAGCGCUCCUGGACGGGAGCGCCGAAACGAUGUCCAAUCCGAAAUUCGAGGCUCUUUCGCGGGCGGUGGCCAAAGUGGUCGAUGACUUCUCCCUCGUGAGAUUCUUCCCUUUGAAUAUAAAGAACGAAGAAUCUAUUGCUGAUGCUCUAAUGCUUAUCGACAACGCGAUCCAGUAUGGCGAGGACCUCGACGUGCGGACGGCGGAGUUCGAAGAACCGGAUAAUGAGGAUUAGAAUCGUCUCGAGGCCUGUAAAUAAAUUAAUUAUACACGUGUACAUUACCGCUCU